AUGGAGAACAAUAAGAUUACUAUGUUCAGUUCACUUAAUGCUCAUUCUACGAACUACACAAUCAAGGCGAAGAUCAUAUCCAUGUGGAAUAAAAAAAUGAAUGGUUCUGAUAGUCAGAUCUAUCGAGUUGACAUGUUGUUGAUGGAUGAGGAGGGUUCAUUCAUUCAAUGUAGCUGUUUACAUAAACUUUUCAAACGGUUCCUUAAAUUUUUGGUUGUUGAUGACUGUUUAUUGUUUCACAAGCCAUCACUAGCCAAAGAUACAACCAAGAUUAAGGUUACUGGAAAUGAUCAGAAGCUAUCUCUGUACGCAUUCAGUUCUGUUCUGAAAACUGAAAACUGGUCUGGUCCUCGGUACUUUUUUCAUUUCACUGAUUUUAAAUCAGUGUUGAGUAAAAAAGUUGAAGUCAAUACUCCAAUAGAUUUCAUCGGUUAUGUUGUUGUGUCUUAUCCUAUUGAAGAUGCAAAUAGGAAGGAUGGCUCUAAAACCAAACGAAUGAACAUAACUCUUAAAGAUCUCGAAGAUCAGAAGAUUAGUCUUACAUUAUGGGAAAACUAUGCAAUCACUUUGUCAGAGUACAUGAAUGAUAAAAACCGACCUGAUCAUGUUGUUAUUCUCGUCCAUUUUGGCACAGUAAACAUUUAUCAAGGUAAAAUUGGCCUUACUAAUAUGUUUGAAGCAAGUCGUGUGUUCAUAAAUUCAGAUCUGGAUCAGAUACAAGAAUUCAAAGACAGGUAUCUUGAGAAGGAGUUUUCUAACUCAUCUUCCAUUAAACAGUCAUGCUCUCAAGUUAUAUCCAGUCCGGAAGAUGAGUUUCUUAAUGCUGAAGACUUUGUGUUGACUGCUUUUAUUGCAUCAAUUUCUGAGGAGAAAAAGGUUAUCAUUGUUGGCACUGUUAUAGCAAUUUCAAAUGAUAAGCCUUGGUAUUAUUUAUCAUGCAAUAAUUGUAAGAAGCAAAUUGAAGAGAAAUCAACAUUGGUUGAAAAAGAUGACGGCAGUUUUGAUGUUUUGGAUGAGAAGACUUUUGAGUGUAUAAACCCUGAUUGUGAUGUUGUUGAUGUUGUUCCUGUUUAUCGUUACAAGAUUCCUCUAAGGGUUCAGGACUCGACUGGGACUGUUUCUUGUACGUUGUUUGAUUAUGAAGCUAUUAAGCUUAUUAAAAAAACCUCCAAAGAGCUUCUUGAUGUUUACUCAAAGUCUGAUAUGUCUGAGUCAAAUGUUCAAUGCUUGUCCGAUUCUGUUGGAAAUGUUAAAUGUUGCUCAAAGGGGUCUCAAUCUGUGAUCGGCGAUAGUGUUACGCCAGAUAAUUUUGAUGUUAAUGAUCAAGAUCAGUCAAAGUUCGACAACAUUAAACGUAACCUUCAAGAUGUUUAUGAUGUUGACGCUGUUCAAAGUUCGUCUACUAAACGUCGAAACAGUCCUGGGAAUGAGCAACUCAACGAUGAUGUCAACUUGGACCUGAUCACCCCAAAGUUAGAGAAAUAA